AUGAAUAUCGUGGUGGUCGGAUUUACGUGCCUACUUCUUCCCCUACUGGGGUACGCUCAGUUCAUCGAUAUGGCGUGUGGGAUUCGAGCUCCCAAUCCUAUUGGUGCCCGGAUUAAGAACGGAACGAUCGCUGGACUAACAUCAAGUCCUUGGAUGGCCUUCCUACACUCGACGACAGGGAGAUUCAUCUGCGGCGGAUCCCUAAUUACUCAUCGUCUGGUUCUGACUGCAGCUCAUUGCUUCCUCCCCAAUAUCCAGCUAAUUGCUCGUUUGGGAGAGUACGAUAGAGAAGAAUACGAAAUGUGCCAUGGAAGUUACUGCACUUUUCGAACGGAGGCUAGAGUGGAGAGGGGCUUUCGGCACCGUCUUUAUGAUCCGGACACGAUGGCCAACGACAUAGCCAUUCUGCGACUGGUCAGGAGGGUGGAGUACACAGAUAACAUCAGACCAAUCUGCAUUGUAUGGGACACUAGGUGGAGGAACUACAUCAACUCCAUAGAUCCGGUCACUGGCACUGGAUGGGGUAAAACCGAAUCUGAUGGUGAUAGUGGCAAGCUCAUGACUGUCGACCUAUCCCGCCAACAACCGGAGAUCUGCCAGCGUUUCAUCUAUCGAUCUCUAACGAGUACUAUGUUUUGCGCCGGAAAUUGGGAUAGCAAUCUAUGCAACGGUGAUUCCGGCGGUCCAGUGGGAGCAAUGGUUCCGUUCCAAAACUCUCAGCGCUUCAUCCAAAUUGGAAUCGCCAGCUUCACGAACACCCAGUGCUCAAAGGCCAGUGCUUUCACGGAUGUUCUCAGCUAUGUCGACUGGAUCCUUGCGGUGUAUAACUACCACCAAAGCUAACCUGAUACAAUUUCGAUUUAAUUUUCUUACUGAUAUGAAGAAAUGAUUUGGUAUAUAUACUUUUCUGGGA